CCCCACAUUGACUGGCCCUCGCAAAUCACUCGCACCAGUAAACUGGUGCUCACGUGCCAUUUAACCAGCCCACCCAUAUGACCACUUUUUCGACUCCCUGACUUCAAUCUUCUACUUUCUUAACAAAACAACAAUUUUUUCAGCUUUUUAAGAUGGAAUCGCGUAUCUAAGAGGCCCUCCAAUAUUUAGAACAAAAUCCAACUGCAAAAGUGGCUACAAUUGCCCGUACAUUCGAGAUUCCCCGCAGCCGCCUCCGCAAUCGCCUUAACGGAAUGGGACCUAUGGCCGGCCGCCCUGCAACCUACAGCCGUCUAUCUGGCCCAGAGGAGGUUGUAUUGUGCCGGUAUAUCGACCGGUUUGAUAGAAUCAAUUUUGCAGUUCGAACUGGCUUUGUUACCGACGCGGCUAACUAUAUACUAGCUCAGAGGUGUUCCUGCGCUGAACAGCCAAAUCCCCCUGUUGUUGGUGCCAACUAGACCAGCCGCUUCUUGAAACGCCACAGCUACCGAAAGUACCUGUAAAAGAGGCUCUAAGCCGACCGUUAAGAUGCAGAGGACCCUGUUCGUAUUGCAGAAUACUUCCAGAAGCUCCACCAAGUUGUUUCCGACAAUGGGAUCCCCCCGGCUAAUAUCUGGAAUAUGGAUGAGACCGGUUUUCGCAUUGGCGUAGGUAAGGAUUAACUUAUUAUUACCAAACGUAAGCGGGUAUACUACUUUGGGGUCCUAGAAAAUAGGGAAUCGGCUAUAGUAAUUGAAGCUAUCUCGGCCGGUAAACAGGUAGUUCCAGCGUUUUUAAUCCUGGCAGGCCAGAUAUAUAUAGCCUCCUAUGUGACGAACCUGUCUCUGGACCCGUCCUGUUAGGGUUCAGUAUCGGUCGAAGGUAUUCUCUCAAGGGUGCUUAGGUUCGGUGCAGCCAAAG